AUGACUUCAUCCUUGGACCAGCUCGUCAAGGGCGCUCCGGUGUCCGCAGCCCGCGCGCCCACGCCAGAGCCGUUGAAUCCCACCCGACCACCAACAACAACUUCAGGUUCCUCGUCUCCGCAAAGACCCUCAACACCAGAUCCUCUAGCCACUCUACCUUCCUCUCCACCUCAGAUCUAUCUGAAUCUAUUGAUUCUUGAAGCUUCACUUCGUGCGCAAUACCUCGCCCUGCGCGAGCGUCGCCGCCAAAACACCUUCUUCCUGCUGCUCCUUGCAGCUUGGAUCGCCUACUUCGCAUAUGCAUUGUUCCUGCGUCCCCGCGAGGAUGGACGCGGUGUCGGUGGCUCGGUAUAUUGGGUGGUUGAAAUGGGAGAGAAAGUCGCUCUUCUCGGUGGGGUAGUGACGGCCCUGCUAGUUUGGGGAACAGGUCAAUGGGAGCGCGGAAUUCGCUGGCCCCGUCGAUGGCUCGCAGUCGCUAACCGCGGCCUGCGCGUUAUGAACACCAAGAUCAUCGUGAUCCGCGGACCAUGGUGGCAAGAGAUGCUAUCCUAUGUCUCCUUCCUGUUCCCGUUCUCCACGCCAUUCUUCCCUUCUCCAUCAGGCAAUUUCCACCUCGUCGAGCGUCACCUUUCCGAUAAGCAGCGUAGUCGGCAGCACUACCAGCAAUACUAUAACGGCGGUGAUAGCGAGUCUGGCCUAAUAGAGGAAGACCUCAGUGCCGGUGGUGACUACAUCCGCCUACUUUUGCUACCCAAAUCGUUCUCACCCGAGUUCCGUGAGAACUGGGACGACUAUCGCACCGACUUCUGGGAGAAAGAGAACGAGCGCCGAACUCAGCUGCGUCACAAACUGCGCGAGCGCGAGCGCCAGCUUGCUCAGGCUGAAGGCGGCUGGUUUUGGCGACUUGGAUUCGGCUGGCGCGCCUCGCAGCGCCGCCGCCUGGUGUCAGCUACCCUCCACAAGCCUCUCGAGUCGGAGCCCAGAUUCCGGUUUGGCGCCCACCAUCAUCAGCAUGCCCCUUCAGUUUCAUCAAAGCUCAAUCAGGAACACCGUGCACCUUCUGGUCGCCGCAACACCCGAUCCGAAUCAUCUCACUCUCGGACCUCCUCGCGCAGCUCUACCCCAAUCGAUGUUGAGGACCGAGCUCCCUCUCGCUCGUCUGGAACUGGCCGUCCGCGUCGCGGAAGUACCACUCCGUCGAUCUCAGGCCCAGAAACGAGUCCUCAACAACGGAAGCGCAAAGGUUCCAAAUCACUACGUCGUGGGCUAUCGCCUCUCACGCAAGCUCAAAUUAGGGAAGGUGUUCGCACGCCAUCUUUCUCGUCGGACGAUUCUGGUAUAUUGCCAAUGGGGGAGAAGGAUAAAGAGCCUAUUCCUACUUCUGUACCUGACCCGACUCCCGCAGUUUAG